UUGUGAUUUGCCCGCAUGUUUAUCCUUUUAGUAAAGCGGUUUAGCACUUGCAGGGCUUGAAUGGGGUGACUAGUUUUUGGGCAACAAACAGUUCAAUUGAUUAAUUUGUUGGCGAGGUAAUCGGUCGGUAUGCAAUAAAAAUGGCAUUUAUGGAAACCGGAACUUAAUUCGUUUCGGGUGCAUGCAGAAGAGACGUAAAAACAAGGUCUGCCGUUUUACUCCACGCACAUCAUCGUGGACGGAGGAUACGUGCUGGAUUAUGAAAUGAGUUCUUCACUCCAGUGAGCAAUUUUCACAAGAAGUUUUGAAGUCAUGAGAGUGCUAUACCAGUAGGUGGCAGUAAGACCCCUGUCAUCAAGUAUCUUAUAAGGAAACGAGACUGACCUGGCCACUGUGGAUAAUCAAGAGAAGAGAGUCAAGAACACCCAGGACAUCUCUGAUGAUCUUCAACAAAGUAUUAUCGGUUUGGAAGAGACCAUAAACAAGCUUAACUCUAGCGUGGUUGGGCCAGUUCAGCCAGACACAGCAGGUCAAGCAGAGUGUGAUUUGAGCGGUGAUUCAGAUGAGGAAUGUCAGGUGGAGCCACUCCACUCUGGGCCUAGCUGCACUGGGGACCAGGCACAGGACCUGCAGACCCUACUGAGGCGGCUGCAGACAGAGAAGCAGGAGCUGCGCGCUUUACUGCAGGAGUUAAAAGCAGCAGAGGGCGCUGGAGUUCCAGCAGCAGAGGCUAAGGCCGGUGGCAGUGGGCCAGUACAGGUUGCAGAGUGUGUGGAGCGUCAGGAGGAGGAGGAGGAGGGCAUCAGAUUUAACUCGGACAACCAGGACAGCAGCAACAUGCAGAGGAGCCGACGAUCAACCAGCCCCACGCGCAGGCCUGGGCCCAGCCCCAGCCCCUCCCGAUACUCCCCUGUCAAGGGAGGGACGUACGACUCGGAGCUGAUGCGUGUGCUCCGCGAGCGGGACGAGAUGCAGGCGGCGCUUGAGACCUACGAGAGGCACCUGGCCGAGAUCCAGGCCAACGUCAAGGUGCUCACCGCCGAGAGAGACAAGAGCAGCGCACACUACCAGAAGGCCCAACAGGAGAUUGCCAGUCUGCGGCGGGAGGUGAUGCGUGCUCGCACGGUGCGCAACAGCAACAGCAGCUCCACCAAGGUGGUGACGGCCCAGAGCAUCCUGAACCGUGUGGAAGUGGAGAGGGACGAGGCUCAGGCUGACCUGACGCGCAUGACCACCGAGAGAGACAGCCUCCGGGAGAGGCUCAAGAUCGCCCAGGAAACGGCCAUCGGCGAGAGAGCUCACCUAGAGCAGCGCGUGGAGGACCUACAGAGAGCCAUCCUCACUCUGGAGCAGGAGCGCGGGGAGCAGAGGAGUCGGCAGGCGUCCCUGAAGGAGUCCAUGAUGGAUCUGGAGCAGGAGGUGCAGGCGCUCGGCAGGCAGCUCUCCUCCGCCGCAGACGAGCUCAGCGGAUACAAGAACGAGUGCAGCAUGCUCAGGCUUGCCCACAACCAGGCCGAGAGUAACCUGUCAGAGAGCCAGCGGCGGCUCACCUCCCGCAUCGCAGAGCUGCACAAGGCCCAGGAGAGGAACAAGAUGCUGGACGAGGAAAAUGAGUCCCUGCUAAAGCAGCUGAGUGGUGUGAGAGAGGACAUGUGUGGUCUGCAGAACUCCAUCACUGACCAGCAGCAGCAGAAGAUCUCCCUGCAGGAUCAGCUGGACAAGAAGAGCAUGCAGCUCACCAUGGCCAACACCAAACUAGACGACAAUGAGAGGACCAUCAGAUCACUACGGGUCAACAUUGAGGAGCUGGAUACCACCAUCAGAGGUCUGCGUGAGUCGGUGUCCUCUAAAGACUAUGAGUUGAGCCACGUGAGGAAGAAGCUGACGGACUCGGAGGAAGAGCUGACCUCCACGCAGAAGGUCAAGGAGGCCACGGCACGAGACAACGGCCACCUGAGAGACGAACUGGACCAGGCCCGUGUGGAAAACAAGGCGCUGCAUCUGAAAGUUGAGGAGUGCUCAGUGGAGAUGGAGAACUUGAAGAGGAGAGUGGAGGACUACACUAAUGACGUGGCUCGUAUUGAGGACCUACUGGCCGCUAAGGAGCGUGAGUGUCGCGAUCUGCAGGAGUGCCGGCGGCGCGUGUCGGUGGAGGCGGAGAGCUGGGAGAGCCAGGCGCGGCAGGCCGAGACCACCAGCAGCCAGCUCAGGAUGGAGCUGGUCACCGCUGACCUGGAGAGGCAGAGGCUCAAGGAGAAGCUGCACAUCACAGAGAACAGCCUGCAGGAGGCGCUGUGUGGGGAGCGUGAGAGCAGUGGGCAGUUGUCGCAGGUGAACCGGCGUCUCCUGGAGGUGGAGGAGGAGCUGAGAGAAGCCCAGAAGCAGCAGAGCAGGGCCAACGCAGACCUGGACACCACACGACAACUCUGCGUCAAACUGGACAUCAGCAAGGAGACCUUGGAGCGCGAGCUGGAGGCGUCCCAGAGUGAGCUGGGCGUCCUGAGGAAGCAGCUGCACGGGGAGCGCGCCUCGGCCCGAACCCUGGAGGCCAUGCUGGUGUCCACGCGCGACAAGGACCAGCAGCGGGAGGCCAUCUCCCACGAGCGCACCGCCGAGCUGCACAAGCUCAGGGACCAGCUCAGCGCCGCCGACAACAAGGCUACUACCCAGAGUAGGGAGAUGGCUCUCCUGAGGAAUCGUGCUCUUGAGCUGGGAUCUGACCUGGAGAUAACCAAGAAGCAGCUGUCUGCUGAGCGCUUUGACAGGGAGCGUGCGGUGCAGGAGCUGCGUCGACAGGGCCUGUGCUCCACGCUGUCGUCCGCCCUCUCCUCCUCCUUGCGGCCUUCCUCCCCCUCACGCCGCUCCCUCAGCCCCCAGAGGCCCUGGUCCCCAGACAAGGCUCCCUACCACACCAGCCCAGAGCACCGCGACAAGGCCCCCUACCACACCAGCCCAGAGCACCGCUCACCUAGACGGUCUUCACUGUUCCGAGAUCUCUACGAUUGAACACCUCAUCCUCAUCAGAUUUUUUUUUUUUAACGACCAACACACCUCUACAAAUUUUGAAUAUGUCAGAGAUGUAUUUUCUCAGUUAUUUUUCUUUAAAAUUAGAUAAAACACUUUACAGGAA